UUUUAUGGUUGGAUUGUCGACCGCCGCAAAGAUCGCAUUGUCCGAGCUCCAAAAGCAGCGUUUCAGCUUCGCUCCAAGCUUUCCAAUGAUCCUAUCUCGUCGAUUCCAGAUUACUCUCCCAGCGAGUCUGACAUGUUGUCACCCCAAAGUGGAGCAGCGCCUACUGCAACAUCACUUCCUGUUCCUUUUAGUUCUAUUGCUACGAAUGCUGCCUCUAAUUCAACGACCACGACGGCAACACCGAAUACUCAAAAUUCGAACGUUCCCUCCGGUUCGACUGCGGCUGGUGCCACGCCUUCAACUAAGCCAAGGCCGCAGCGUCCAACAUAUACUGACGUAGCCCCACUGCCUCCUCCACCGAAGAGUAGUAGUCUUGAAUCCGACGCAUCCUUAUCAACGAUAGCAAGUGCCCCGGGUGGUGUUGGUCUGGCUGGUAGUAACCCAACCACAAAAGCGAAAUCUACUGACAUUCCGAAUGAGAAACCUUACAAAGGCAUCCCGAAUUAUCGAGUCAAUGAUGACUCACGCAUUGACAUUACUGCUUGCGAGCACGAGUUCGAGGUCAGUAUGGCGCGGAGCGACUUCAGUGCUCAAUCUACUGAGUCGUCAAUGUCUGCUGGGUAUGCUGGUUUCUCGGUAACCGUCAGCGCUGGUUUUUCUAGCAGGAGCGAGAGCUCAUCAAAGACGACGACAAACACCUACCAGAAAACUCUCAUUGCUCGAUAUUUGUACCCUCGCUGCGACCUGUUCCUCUAUUCAGACGACAUUGAGCCAACUCCGGAGCUUAUAAAGGCCGUGGAGAAAGUUCGAAAGUCAAAGAACAUCAAUGACUUGCGCAAACUUCAUGCAGACUUUGGUCACCUUUUCUGUCAAAAUCUGACGCUUGGAGGCCGGUUGCAAUCUACUAAGAUCAUUAAGACCGACACUCUAACCACAGAGCAAGAGCAGAAGGAGCAAUUCAAAGUCUCUGUCGGAGUCUCGGUUUCAACACCAAUUGGCAUUGGAGCUAGCAUGAAACACGAGGAAGAAAAGGGAAGCACGCAGUCCCAGAACACCAUGGAUAAAAAGACCAACGAAAACAACAUCUUCGAAGCUGUGGGAGGCGACACCAUUCUUGCAAAUAACCCCGCUGCGUGGGCACCAACAGUUGCUAAGCACGAAUAUUGGAGGGUGAUCAAUAGGGACGAAUUGACGCCACUCGCCGAUGCCCUUUCGGGGAUCCCGGGGUACGAAGACGUCAAAAGCUAUUUCAUCCAAGCUGUACCAGCACUCAGCAAGUAUAUCGAACUGGAUGAAUCUCGCCAAGUGAUGACGCGGUUUCGUCUUACCGCUCCUCUUAACGGCUUAUCUUUAAAAGACAAACCAAACCCUGCAUACUAUCUUGGUCAUAAGCCAACCUCCAGCACAACGCCCAGGAUGAUGUCGGUCAAUACCGCUGACAUAUCCCGUUUCUGGGGGCUUAUGAUCGAGUACUCGGAAGAGACACCGCUUUUCAACCCAAAGACCUUCCGUGCCCCUGUCCUGCUUGGUUAUACCGACAACAAAGUCGGCUCGACCUACUUCGGAGCCAAGUAUGAGCCGGAAUACACAUACACGCAAUGGAACAUCACCGCUCCAUUCAGCGACUCCCUCACCCACGGCGCCCGCGUCACCAUCUCCACCCACCCCUACACCUCCCCCUCCCCCUCUCCCGCCCAAACCGAUCCCACCACCACCCCUCUUUCGACGCCCCCACCCGCCCACAUGGUCGUCUUCCGCACCGCGCAGGGCGUCUUCCUCCCCGCCAUGUCCGAAUCCGACACGCCGCAAUACUGGCGCAUCCUCAAAGCCAACGGCGCCGCCACCCCCGGCGAGCAUAUCAAAGAAGGCGACACGAUCCGCCUGUGCUGGGCCUUCGCGGACCAGACGACCGGCUUCCGCGACUACGUCGACGAUGUCUUCGGCCGCCGCCGCGCGCAGUGCCCGCCGGAGCUUGAGCGCGCGGUGCUCUUCAUGAAGCUGCCGUGGCCGCGCUUCGAGUCGCAGCAGGUGGUCGCGGGGACCGACGCGCCGGCGCCGAACUCGAUGGUCAUGGUGCCCGUGGCGGCGACGGAGCCGGCGGCGGUGGAGCUGCCGGUGUUGCCGGCGGAGGCGAGUGGCGCGGGGGCGUAUAAGUAUGUGGCGCAGGAUGUGCAGUUUCGGGUGGAUGUGGUGGGGGGUGACGGGUUUGGGGAUACGGAGGAUUAUAUGCUGCGGGAUGUGGCGCAGGAGGGGGUGGCGAAUAGGACGGUGAGGUAUGAGGGGUUGAUUUCGGGGGUGUUCUACUUGUAGGAUGGAUGGUGGAUGGUGUAGGGCUUCUAGGCUUCUUAUCUAUCUAUAUGCAUGUUGGCUAUAUAGUACAUGAAGUAGAGCCGGAGAUC